GUUUUCUAAAAUAUACAAAAAAUAUAGCUAUUGGUCUAUCCAUAAAAGUAAAGCAAUCACCAUUAAGUUGUCAUCAAAUACAAUUUAAACAAGUGUAUGAUUAUUUUUCCUUCAGAAAUGUUCAGCAUUGUAGAAUUGAAAUGACAAUCUCUGGAUCGGGACAUUUCCUCGCGAUAAUAGGGACAAAUAGACAGGGGAGGUUUAAUGUGUCGAUGAAACAAGAUGAGGGCAGUUGCAUCAUUUCAACACCAGAUCUAAAGAUAUGGUUCACAGAUUGUGAUAAACCCGCAGAAUCCAUAUGUGCAACAGAUUUGUUGGAACUUGAAGAACAAUUUAAAAAGGAACGACUUACUCAGAAAAAGUUAUGUUUCUUAGCACGGUUCUAUUUUUUUGCAAGAGGCGAUGCAGAAAUGAACACAAUUAUUUUGACUCCAAGGAUAGGACAAACUCCAUUUAUCGCCAAUCUUCUGAUGCAGCAUCAACCAAAAUAUGAAUCCUCAUUUCUAAAUACAUAUCAUAAGGGUGACGUACUAUGGUUUCCGUCUAUGGACAGUUUAAAUAACACUGAAAAAGUUAGUUAUACCCUACAUAAUGAAUCAACAAAAAUGGUGUACAUCUGGAUUUCUAAAGAGGCGGUCCGAUCUUUAUUCAAAGGAGUUCAAACACAUGGAAUACUCCACUAUAAGAUCACCCCUGAAAUGCUUACCCCCGACAAUCCGGGACUAAAUACUUCUUGCGCAGAGAAAGUUUGUGUCGGGCGUCUUGUACCAGAGCUCGAAGAGAAAUAUCCGAAUCAAUAUAUGGACUUGGACAUCUACAGUUUGGAGACGCCAAAUGUGACGUUUGAGAAGAAUUUGGCGGUGAUAAAAUUCUAUACAGUCAUGUUUGCAUACGUCCGGAAUCCAGAAAGCAACAUUUCUACACUGAUUGCUAAACUUGAUGGAAAUGCUGAGAUGCGAAUCAGAGUCUUUAUGACCAAUUCUACUUUUCAGGGGAAAAUCGUUGCGUUUGAGCCAUUUCUAAAAAAUGUGGAGACAACUGUCCAUGGCUUUGAUAUGCAGACGGUGAAUUUUAUACUAAUGAGUGCAGUGGUGACAACGGUAGAACCAGCCCUUAACGAGCUCGGGAGAAAAGGAAUGCCGUUACCACUUACACCUAAAAUACAGUUGGAAAACAGUACUGUUCAUUUAAUUGAGAAUGCUAUUGUCAUAGGGAGCGACGGAACAUAUAACCGAACAGAAGAUUAGAUCAUUUUUCAGAUCGAUUGAAAUUUUCAGUGGAGCAUUGUUAAUCCACACACCCCAUAUGCAUGCCUUGAAUACAAGCGUCCAGUUAAUUAUUCUUCAAAAGG